GUUACAAACAGCCUAAAUCUUCGUUAUAAAUAUUUCCAUAGCAUUUUCAUCCUCCACACAACAACAUACAAUCCUUUCCUUCAAACCUUAAACACUUUCCAAUUGCGCCUUGCCUAUACUUUCCACUCUCUUGAAAAGCAAUGGCAGAUGCAAUCCUUACCGAUAUUGCUAUAGAUAUCGUUAAGAAGCUGGGUUCUCUAGGUCUUCGAGAGACUAGGCUGUGGUGGGGUGUCAAAGAGGAGCUUGAGAAACUCAGGGUGGCAGUUUCAAUGAUCCAAGCUGUGCUUCUUGAUGCAGAGGAGCAGUACUCGCUUAGUCAUCAAGUCAAAGUUUGGGUUGAUUCACUAAAAGAAGCAUUUUACGAUGCUGACGACUUGUUAGAUGAAUUCUCCACAGAUGUUUUACUGAAGCAGAUGAUUACUGGCAACAAAAUGUUAAGGGAGGUAAGCCUCUUCUUUUCAAGCUCAAACCCGUUUGUUUAUGGUCUUAAAAUGGCUCAUAAGAUUGAAAAUGUUAGAAGCAGAUUAGAUGAGAUUGCUGCAAAUAGGAGGUUUCACUUAAAUGAGUGUCAGGAGAUCACAGCUCCUAUGGUUGAGGAAAGAGAGCAAACUCACUCAUCCUUACCUCAAGUAGUUGUUGGCAGAAAAGAAGAUAAGAAGAAAAUUGUUGAUUUCCUUCUGUCUUCUAGUUAUGGGGAGAAUGUGUCAAUCAUUUCCAUUGUUGGCAUUGGAGGCUUAGGAAAGACAACACUUGCUCAACUUGCAUACAAUGAUGUGAUGGUGAAAUCAUAUUUUGAACUCAAAAUGUGGGUGUGCAUUUCUGAUAAUUUUGGUGUAAAAAUAGUUGUUGAAAAGAUUUUGGAAUGUCUUAUUGGUGAGAAACCCAAAAACCUUGAAAUGAAUACCUUGAAAGAUCUUCUCCGUGAAAAAAUUCAUGGAAAAAAAUAUUUACUUGUUUUGGAUGAUUUAUGGAAUGAGGAUUUCAAAAAAUGGUUUGAUUUGAAAGAUUUGUUAGUCGGAGGUGCAAGUGGCAGCAAAAUAAUGGUGACUACUCGUCUUGAAAAUGUUGCAAAGAUGAUAAGAUCAAAUGAAACGUGUAAAUUACAAGGCCUACUUGAUCAUGAGUCAUGGUCUUUGUUUGCAGAAAUCGCCUUUAAUCAAGGACGAGUAACGAGUCCAAAGCAUGAGAUAAUUGGAAAAGAAAUUGUGGCUAAGUGUAUUGGAGUCCCUUUAGCAAUACGAGCAAUAGGAAGCUUAUUAUAUUAUAAAAAUACAACAAAUGAGUGGGAAUCCUUCAAAGAAAAAGAGCUUUUAAAUUUGAAUGAAGAGGAGAUUGGUGUUAUGAAAACUCUAAGGUUGAGUUAUAAUUAUCUACCUUCUCAUUUAAAGUGUUGCUUUGCUUAUUGUGGAUUAUUUCCAAAAGGUGCUAAAAUUACCAUAAGAUAUAUGGUGAGUCUUUGGUUGGCACAAGGAUUUAUUAGAUCUUCGGAUUCAGAACAAAGUUUUGAAGAUAUAGGUUUAAAAUAUUUUAAGAAUCUUUUAUGGAGAUCAUUCUUUCAAGAAGUAGAAGAAGAUAUAUUUGGUAAUUUAUUAAGUUGUAAAAUGCAUGAUUUGAUACAUGAUCUUGCUGUGCAAGUAGCUGGGGAGGAAAAUAUUUUAGUAAAUUCAGAUGCACAACGUGUUAAAAAAGAAACUCGACAUGUGUCACUUAAUUUUGAAGUUGAUUCAUGGCAGAAAGUUGCAAGCAGCUUACCAAAUGCGACAAAGGUGCGAACAUUUAUACCAUUGAAGUGGUCAAUAAGGCAUGAUAUUAAAAAAGUUGAAUGCCAGGAAAUUUUUUCCAAAUUAAGUCAUGCAAGGGUAUUGAAUCUGCAGUGUUUGGGAGAGAGAGUGCCACAUUCCAUUGACAAAUUGAAGCAUAUAAGGUUUCUCGAUCUUUCUGAGAAUAAAAGAAUUGAGGUCCUUCCUAAUUCCAUAAUUAAACUUCAAAACCUGCAAUUUCUAUACCUAGUUAAUUGUGAAAGGCUUAAGCAGUUGCCUAAGCAUAUCAAAAUGUUGGUCAAUCUCCAACAACUUUACCUUGAGGGAUGUGAAAGUUUGACUCAUAUGCCAUGUGGGAUUGGUCAACUGAGUUCCCUUGAGAAUUUAUCAGUAUUCAUGGUGGCCAAAGAUAAUGGUGUCUCCAAACAUAGCGGCGGACUCAGUGAAUUACGUGACUUGAACAAUCUGAGAGGAUGGCUACAUAUCAAGAAUCUAAGAUAUGUGAAAGAUCCGGCAUCUGAAUUUGAGGCAGCCAAUUUGAAAGAAAAGCAACACCUUCAAACCUUGAUAUUAGCAUGGAAAUUUGGCGAUCCCUAUGAUAAUAAUAGUGAUAGUGGUCCGAAUGACGUUGAAAUAUCAUUAGAAAAGCUGCGGCCACACGUUAAUCUAAAAUGGCUGAUUGUGUUUGGGUGCGGAAGACUCAUGUUUCCAAACUGGAUUUCUUUCCUCACUAAUUUGGUGGAACUGAAAAUUGUCAACUGCAAAAAUUGCCAGCAUUUUCCACCGUUGGAUCAGUUCCCUUCACUUAAACGUUUGGGGUUGCACAAUUUGAAUGAUCUUGAGUACAUAGAGAGUGGGGUUAAAUGCCGCAACGCAUUAUUCUUCCCUUCUUUAGAAAAUCUCUGGCUUGAAAAUUGCCCAAAUCUGCAGGGAUGGAGGAAACCUCAAUUGCUACAGUUUCACUGUAUUGUUUAUUUGCAAAUCACGUCUUGCCCUAAUCUCACUUCAAUGCCUCUCAUUCCAUCUAUCCAGCAUUUGGUUUUGAUAAAUGCCAGCAAGAAGUUAUUGGAGGACAUAAUGAAGAUGAGGAUUUCGGUAUCACAAUCUACAUCUUCUUGUUCUUCGAUUUCCACUUCUCAAUUGAAAGUUCUGCAGAUCGAGGGAAUUGAGGAUCUAGAAUUUCUAUCAGAGGAUUUGCUGCAGAAUCUCACUUCACUCCAAAGUCUUUAUAUUAGGAAUUGCCCACGCCUAAGAAAUCUGUCUUCAAGGCAUCUGAGCUCUCUUGUUUUUCUUGUCAUCAAGGCUUGUGAGGAGCUUGAUUUAUCUGAUGACAUGCAGUGGCACUACCUCAGAAGCCUGCGGAAGCUUCAAUUUAGAAAUAUGAACAAAUUGGUGUCCCUUCCAAAGGGACUUCAACAUGUUCCCACUCUGCUCACACUCUUAAUCAAACGUUGUCCUAAUUUGAUAUCUUUACCUGAAUGGAUGAGAAGCCUCACCGAAUUACAAUAUUUAUUUAUUAAAAAAUGUUCUCAACUGUCAGAAAGAUACGAAAGCAACAUGUGUGCGGAUUGGGCCGAGAUUGGUUACAUACCAAAUAUUAGUAUUGAUAAAAGAUGGAUUCAAGAGGAUGGCUGCUACAAACUAUGAUUACAAGAAUCAGAAGUUUCUUCUGGAAAACAACAUGACAAUCUGGAAUUUCUUCCAGGUAAUGUAAAGCAUUUGCCCCAAAAUGAAGCCUUAUCUCUAGGCGUGUGAUAUGGAAGGUACUCAAAGACAACAAGCUUGAUCUGUUCAAUGUUGCAGAAUUGGUUGGAACUUCUAAAACCAGAUGCAUGUUCUGAGUGAGAUUUAGCACUGGUUCUUGCUGGGUUAAGAUUAGAGUUGAAGAUCAAAUCUGACAAGCAUGCUCGAGGAAUUAGCUUUUGUAUUUUCAAGCCUGGAAUGCAUAAUUCUUCCCCUCUUGAACUAGUUGCAAGUCAUAAGUGGCAACAUGUUCUUUGAAAUUGUUAACCUGCAAAGAAAUCAAAGAGUUGUAUUAUAAGUUUGAACGAGCGAAGGGAUUUCAAAUGAGCAUUCUGCAGCUAUUGUAUCUUCAAUUUUAGACUUUGGAAAUUGAUAAUGAUUCUGUCUUGUUGAAGAUUCCGGAGAAGAGCAAUUUUGGAUUGGACUCUCAUGUGCCAGAAAGUCCUUGUUUAAUACUAUGACUGUCACACCAUAGCAGCUUAAAAAUUAUGGAGUCAUUAACUAUUUGGUCGACUAACUCAUCUACAAUAAUUUGUUGAAGUUAUGGAGAUUUUUACAGACCAUAUACUCUUAUUUGCCAUAAAUUUUUGGGACCCUAUUUACUUCUCUACAAUUGGGAAGCGUUCAAAAACUAAUUUUGUGUGUCAUUGUGUCUAGGCUUGAAGCAACAUCCGAUUCCAGCAGAUUUAAGGGUCAUAAUGAUGAAAGAUUCAAUGAUGCCAACUAGUUGACAACUGAUCAAUUGAUUAUAUAUAUGAACUUUGCAACUUCACAUUGCACAAGAAAUGGAUUUUUUUUUUUUUU